GCUGUUUUGUAUGUGCACAGAUGUUUAAUGUUUUGUAUACAGUGUGUACACACUGCUCACCCAUUAGCCGCUACAGUGUGUACCCAACAGAUUUAGUCUAAGAACUAUUUAUGCGCAGUAAAUAGCGAGAAGGAAACGUUGUUUAUUAAACAAGGCAAAUUGGAAGUGCCGCUCAGACAUUUAGUUGCUGCACACCCCAGGAAAGUGGUCAAAACAAAUACCACGUGCAGCCGAGACAGUUGCAAGCAAGACAGAUUCUCAAAUCUUUAUUUUUGUUGUUGUCAAUUUAAUUAGAAAAAAAAAGCCUCAAGAUGGGUAUGGUACAAAAGCGCAAGAAGAUGCACUAUGGCGACACGCAUCUGCAGCGUCGCUGGCGUGUACGCAACCGUCGCAGGGAUCUGGACCAAAUCGAUGACGACAUGCGCACACGCAGCGGCGAGCUAAUUAAUCAGAAUGUGGAUCUGGAAAAGCCGGGCUUCGCGCAGUUCUACUGCGUCCACUGUGCCAAGUACUUCAUCGACGACAGAUCGUUGCAGGCGCAUUUUCGCACCAAGGUGCACAAGCGCCGCCUAAAGGCGCUCGAAACGGAGCCAUACAGCAUCGAGGAGUCGGAGCGUGCGGCCGGCCGCGGCAGCUUCAAGACGCCCAAGAAGCGCCUCAUCGAGACGCAGCCAAGCAAAGACGAGGCCAAGGCUGGCAAACGCAUCAAAGUUGAGGAGAAGACCGAAGAUAGCAAGCCCAUGGAAGAGGAUGCGCCCACAACAUCCGCAAAGCUGACACGAAAGAAAGCUAAGAAAAUGGCAGCUUGAAUUGAAAUGCGAUUCAAAUUUAGACUCUUUGUGGAUUUUCUUUAGCUCGAUAAACCAAUAUAUAUAUAUAGUUUUUAUAUGUAUGUAAACCUUUCCAAAUCUAAAAAGUUCAUGUUAAUAGGCAUGAAUACAUGAAUACUUAUGUAAAUCGUAAAUGAUAAAAGAAUGUAAAAUAUAUAUACGAAUGUUACAUUAAUCAAAUAUCCUGUAUUGCCUUUAUAUGUACAAAUAGUACAAUUAGGCAUCUG